CCUUCUCUCUUGUUUGUUCAUAUACAACGUUUUAUGAACAAGUCAUAUUCUUCGCUGUUCAACAAUAUGCCUCCUGUCUAGAAAAUCUGCAUCCUUUUGAUUUUUCUGAAAAUUCAGUUUGAGCAGAUGUUUUGAGAAAUCUUUGACACCACCCACCAAAUUUUGGUUGACUGUAUUUUCAAGGCUGUAUAUCAGAAGGUGAUGGUUGUGCAACAAUGGCAAAGAAGAAGGGACUGUUCACUAUAUUGAAAAGGAUUUUUAUUUCAGAAGCUCACUCAGAUAAGAAAGAGAAGAGAAGAAAAUGGACAUUUUGGAAACUCAAAGUUAAGAAAAGAUUACCUUCCAUUACAGAACCUCCAGAGAACGGGACAAGACGCGAGGUAAACAAGGAGGAAAGUGUGUCUGACGUGGGUGAAGUCAGCCAAGCAUCCUGUAGUGGACAGUUAGAUUCCUUAGAAAAUUUAGAAGGUUCAACAUCCCUAGAACCUCCUGAUCUUGUAUCCCAGUAUCAAAUGUUUCUAAAUAAAGAGGAAGAAGUUCUUGCUGCUACUAGGAUUCAGACAGCUUUCCGGGGUUAUCUUGCAAGGAAAGCUCUACGUGCGUUGAAGGGAAUAGUGAAACUCCAAGCAUAUAUCAGAGGUGGUGCAGUGAGACGCCAAGCAGUGACUACAUUAAAACGCUUGCAAUCUGUUGUCAACAUUCAGUCACAGGUCUGCGGAGGUAAUCAUAAAGAUUAUGGAGAGUGGAAGAUGUUCAGCGAGAACUUACUCAAGGCACGUAAAUCUAAUAUUAGAAGACAAGUUUCAAUAAUUGAAGAGGAAGAACAGAACCCUGGUGGUUGGAUCACUGCCACUAUUACACCAACUUAUAUGGUUGCAACAGAGUCAGCAAAGGCAAAGUCAAGAUCUCCCAUGAGCUCCCCGAGGGUAAGAUCGAGAAGUUUUGACACGCAGUUAGAGAGUUACUCGCCGUAUAAGAACAAGCUAUGCCUGACGAGUUCGGUAAUGAGUGAAGCACCAAGCAGAGUGAGAGUUGGUAUUAGUAACAGUAGGGCAAGCGCAUACCAGCAACGGUCUCCAGGGAAAAAGGGGUUAAUAGAUAUGCAAUAGUACUCUAUUGAACGAUCUCAGCAUUAACUCAGAACGAUUUUUGCCGAGCUGGAACAGGCAGAGCAGCUUUGAGAUGAGUGUAUGAGAUUUUGAACCCAUGUAUAUACUUACAUACGUUUCCAAAUGUUACUUGGGUCACAUUCACAUGUAAUGUCCAAAAAAACUACUAGGCGAUUUUACCUUUACAAUC